AUGGACAAUAACAGAAGCAGACAAAACAUGAAUGGUUCUGUUAAUUGGUCACAACAAACGGCAAGAAGAACAUUGGAAGAUCUUGAGAUCCCACCAAAGUUCAGAUCGUUUGCUCCUUCCUCACCUUCCACUUGUUUCAGCCCCUCUGUUUUUCUAGAUUCCCUUGCUUUUGUCUCCUCCUCUGCUAACGUUCUUGCUUCUCCAACUACAGGAGCUCUCAUCACAAACGAAAGUAACCAUAAAAGUUUAACAGAAGAAGAGAAGACUAACAACAACAGUCUUAGUCUCUUUGAUUUCUCAUUUCAGACACAACCAUCAGAACUUUCUGCUCCGACAACAACAACAACAGCAAACAGUUCUGUCUUGCAAUGGAGCCAAACAGAUUCUCGUCCAAACAACAACACCCAACAAGCUGUACUUUGCAAUGGAAGGGAGCAGAGGAAAGGAGAGGAUGGUUACAACUGGAGAAAGUACGGACAGAAACAAGUGAAAGGGAGUGAGAAUCCUCGGAGUUAUUACAAGUGUACUUUCCCAAGUUGUCCAACGAAGAAGAAAGUAGAGAUGUCUUUGGAAGGUCAGAUCACAGAGAUUGUGUAUAAAGGAAGUCAUAACCAUCCUAAACCUCAAUCCACCAGAAGAUCAUCUUCGGCAUUUCAUUCAGCUGUGUUCAAUGCUGGACUUGAUCACCAUGGUUCUUCUGAUUCAUUUGCUAUUCAUCAAGAAGAUAAUACUACUUCUGGUUCUCUUGGAGACGAUGCGUUAUCAGUUAUCAGCAGAGAAGAAGAAGAUUGUGGGAGUGAACCUGAAGCAAAGAGAUGGAAAGGAGAGAACGAGACAAACGGUGGGAAUUUGAAUGGAAGCAAGACAGUGAGAGAGCCAAGGAUUGUUGUGCAGACAACAAGUGAUAUUGACAUUCUUGACGAUGGAUACAGAUGGAGAAAGUAUGGUCAGAAAGUCGUCAAGGGGAACCCAAAUCCAAGAAGCUACUACAAGUGCACAACCACCGGUUGUCCAGUGAGAAAACAUGUUGAGAGAGCAUCAAGCGACAUGAGAGCAGUAAUCACAACCUACGAAGGGAAACACAACCAUGACGUACCUGCAGCUCGUGGUAGCGGUUACACUACAAACAGACUAGCACAUGAUCCUUCUCCAGCACCAAUUAGACCAACUGCCAUUGCUGGUCACUCUAACUACACUUCUUCUUCUCAAGCACCAUAUACACUUCAGAUGCUGCACAACAACAACAACACUAAUGCAGGGCCUUUUGGUUACACUAUGAACAACAACCUUCAGACACAACAAAACAACUUUGUUGGUGGUGGUGGAUUCUCUAUAGCUAAAGAAGAACCAAACGAGGAGUCUUCCUCCUCGUUUUUUGAUUCGUUUUUGUCCUGA